UAGAAAAGCCUUAGAAAAUGAAGGUAUGAUCAAUCUAACCAGUAGUUUUGAGAUGGAUGUCUGGAUCAUGCCAAAUCCACCUUCAACAUCUACUCAAAAGCAUGACGAUUAUAUAAUCCGUGACGGCACAGAACAAGAUCUUAGCAAUAUUACCAUCUCCUCGAGAUGAAGAAUCUUACUGCUCGUUUCAAAGUCAGCAAAGAAGAAUUUGAACGCGACGGUUUAGUCGACAAAGCACUGUACGGGUCCGUCAUCGUGGAACAUCGUCAUCGUGUCGAAGACCAGGAUGAAGAGAGCGAAGUCGUUCACGACAUCGUGGGUUGUAUGCUCUAUUCUAAGAUGUACUAUGCUUUGAUAGGUCAGACAUAUCUCUUGCAAGGCCUUUUUCUCAAGCCGGCGCAGAAGGGCAGAGGUUUAGGCAAGGCUUUAGUCCGUGCAACACUACAAGCUUGCAAGAAACGCAGCGGUGACGGCUUAUAA